AUGACAAUGUGGGGCUGGGUUGCUUUGGCUGUUUUUAUUGUGUUUAUUAUAAUCUUAUACCUCUUGUCUCCAUUGAUUUCUCCACCACCGCUGAAAUUACGUGACGCACAUGUGUUGGUGACUGGAGGUUCAAGUGGCAUUGGCAAGGCUUUAGCUAUUCAGGCAGUUAAACAGGGAGCAAGAGUAACUCUUGUGGCCAGAAAUGAGAAAAAAUUAGAAGAGGCGAAACAAGAAGUUACCACAUAUGUAACCAGUCAAGAUAAAACUCAGCGAGUGCACACUGUGUCUGUGGAUCUGUCAAGUGAUUACCCGUCAGUAGAGAAAGCUUUUCAGGAAGCUGAAAAGACCCUAGGUGCUGUGGAUUUUUUGAUUAACUGUGCUGGCACUUCAGUUGCAGGCAGAUUCGAAGACCUUUCCAUCUCUGACUUCAAGAAAAUGAUCGACAUUAAUUACAUGAGUGCUGUUCAUGCCACCCGUGCAAUAGUUCCUGCUAUGAAAGCCAGAGGUCAAGGACGUAUUGUUUUUGUGUCAUCCCAGGCAGGUCAGAUUGGCUUGUUUGGAUUUACAGCUUAUUCUGCAUCCAAGUUUGCUUUACGAGGGCUAGCAGAGGCUCUACAGAUGGAGGUGAAGCCGUACAACAUUUAUUUGACUUUGGCAUUUCCUCCAGACACAGACACAUCCGGUUAUCGGGAAGAACAGAAGACCAAGCCUCUUGAGACUAAGCUGAUAUCAGAAACUUCUGGGCUGCUUACUGCCGAAAAUGUUGCAACUGUAAUCCUCUCAGACACUGUGGUAGGCAAAUUCUUCAGUUCAAUAAGUUUAGAUGGAAUCAUGUUAUCUAAUCUGACUUGUGGCUUCUCACCAGUGACAUCUUUAAUGGAGGCAACCCAACAGGUUGUUACAAUGGGCCUCUUUAGAAUCAUCUCCCUGUUUUACCUGGCCCACUUUGAACGAAUUAUUUACAGAUGCAAGCUGCAGCGUGAUUCAGAGGCAGGGAGCAAGAAACAGUCAUAG